UUGGAAGAAGAGAGCGAGAGCGAGCGAGAGCGAGCGAGAGAGAGAAAGUCCGGGCACGGGAGGGGAAGAGCUGUUACAGAGGCAGGGGAGAGGAGGUAGUGUUAGAGAGGGAAGGGAGAGGAAGAGGUACCAUUUUUUUGACUGUGAUGAACAUCAGCUGAGAGGAGUGAGGCAUAAGGGGGCCCCGCUUCUUUCUUUGUUCAUCACAGUUGCGCCUUUCCUCCUUCUGCAAUGGUCUUGUACCUAAUCCUGAUACGAAUCCGACCAACAAGACUUCUGUCGUUCUGUUGAAUCGGAGGGGCAUCAUUCAAGUUCUUUCAGGAUAUAAGUGUACCACUCCUUUCUCCGCCCCUUCACACACCGCUCGCACGCAAAGACACACAAAUCUCGGCCUCUUACUUGAGAGGUUCGGAACUCUGUCUAAAUCUCCUCCUUUCUCGACAGCGAAAGAACAGUUGUUUUAUAAAGUGGUUGUGUCUAUAUCUAGUUCUGUGUCAAACCCUGUCCGUUGCAGCUCAGCUUACUACGCUUUUAAAUAAGACUUAUUAUUUGGGCCUAUAAAUCCUUUUGUCCUUUCAAGCCAGGAUCCCGAAGGUUCAGCAAAAUUGGUAUCUGCCUGUACCAGUUGUGACGAUCGUCUUGAAGCUGUGGUGUUUUGUAGUUCAAGCCUUUCCCGUCCAUUGUUUAAUGGGAUUUGUGUCUUUCGGAAUUCUUUGUUAAGUGUAAAAGCAAUCUAAAUAUCUUUUCUGUUUCCUAGGAAUAGGCUCACUCUAGGUCAAGGGUUUAUAAAAUAGAUGCAGUAAGGAAAAGAAAAAAAAAGGACGGUGUUGGUGCUGUUUGCUUGUUCUAACAGCAUCAUCUUUCAAUCUGUCAUUAUAUCCCCAUACCAAGAUCCAGAUCUACAGUGAAUUUCCUGAAAUUCGAUUGUUCUGAUAGAGCUUUUUCUCAGUUUUCUAGACUACCAUUGUGAUAGGGAUGCUUUUCUUCUUGAUAUCUUGCCUUUCAUUCCUAUUCAUCUUCGAGACCCUAUCUCUACAAUUCCUACAUUUUCAUGUUCGUACCAGCAAGGUGAUGAGCCCUUUUCUGGUGCUCCUCUGGCAAGGGCUGUUACGCUUGUGCUGUCAGUGGUUGAGAAACACUGGUGCUUUUGACUUCAAAUUUCUGUCAAAGGUAACAACAAAGAUGAAUAUCUCGUCGAGGCUUGAGAGCAUGGAGAAGCCAGCAGAGAGGCUGUCGUUACUCGAUCUGCCGGAGUUGGUUUUGGAGACAAUUCUUGGCAGACUGCCGCCUGCUGGGCUCUGUAAUAUGGCCAUAGUUUGCAGUUCCAUGAGGGACAGAUGCUGGAGUGACCAUCUGUGGGAGAGACAUCUAAAUGAGAAGUGGAGUGGGGUACUUGGUCAGGCUGCAUUCGACGAAUGGCAGCAGUAUGUUGCAGCAAGGAAGAAGCCGGUCGCUUCUGAUGAAGGGAGAUCCAAGGGAUUGAUGAGGAGUUUUUCCUGUAUUUUGCCUUUAUCUUGGUUGAAGUCAAAAAUUGAUGGUGACAGUGGCAAGCCGAUGACCUCUUUGCCGGUAGACUCAACUAUGUCCUGGUAUUUGUCCCUUGAAAGUGGGAAAUUUUGGUUCCCUGCGCAGGUCUAUAAUCGCGAGCAUGGACAUGUUGGGUUUAUGUUGUCAUGCUAUGAUGCUGAACUUAGUUAUGAUUGCCAGACUGACACGUUCCAGGCAAGGUACCCACCACAUGGCCGUCGGACAAUUGUUAUUGAGGAAGGAAUCCCAUGGGAGAGAUUGAGAGCAGCUCCUGUUGACACUCCUGCUCGAGAUCUCCAUGUCUCUGAUUGUCUGAAUGAUCUGCGGCCUGGUGAUCACAUAGAAAUUCAGUGGAGAAGGAAUAAAGAAUUCCCAUAUGGCUGGUGGUAUGGUGUUGUUGGUCAUUUGGAUUCAUGUGGUAGCACUGAUCGCAAUUGUUGUUGCCAUCUAAAUGAUACUGUGAUCUUGGAGUUUAACCAGUAUGCACCUGGUUCACGGUGGCGGCGAACUGCCAUCAGCCGAAAAGACCAUAGAGAAGAAGGGAAUGAGGCAGGUGGAUUCUAUGGUGGUAUCAGGAAACUGAGUAGCAAGGACGAAAUAUCAACUUGGAGGCAUCUGUGGCCGCACGACAUCUUGGAGUAGAUAUUCGAGAUACUCAAAUCCAGCGACCUUGUCUUUGAUUCCGAGUAUCAGCAACAUCAUCCGAUAAACAGGCUACCCAUAAGAUGCCACACUUGGUGUUUCCUUUGAAAUUUCUAUUUUACGUACCUGUGUGUAUGAUUUUAAUUUUAAGUUUAGGUUAAAGCAAGAGAAUAGCCAUUAAUCCCAAUUGGUUAUAUUAGAACAUUUUUUAAGGAGUUUAUGAAAUUAAUGUUUCGAUUGACUCCCACUGAUA